AUGACGCCCUUCCAACACCUGUUGGAAAGAUCAGGUGUCGGCGAGAUCAAGGUCUGGUCCAUAAGAUGCGUGUCCCUAUACACAGUACAUGCUCGUACGGAGUUUAUAAAGGGUUCUGGAUGUGUGUACAAGCAGGAACCCGUAGAUCCGCAAGGGCGCGCGCUUGUAAAAGGAAACGUCCGGAAUGGCAUUGCGCGUGCGUGCGUGUGUGUGUGUGAUAGAUAG